UCGAGAACGCCGUUAAAAACAUCUUCGUUUGAUGAUGUCUUCUCCGGAUACUCUACAUUCAACCUGACCGCAGAUGACAGCCAAAUUGAGGAGACGAGAAUCGCAUCUACAUCGAGAUCUGCCCAAGCAUUGCCAACCUCUAAUCCUGCUUCUUUGUUGACUCCUGUCCAACCGCCAUCUAUCCGUGAAGUCCCCACUCAAGCCCCACCAAGUUCAGUCGUCAUCAACAACGUUCCCGCUGUUGCAUCAACAUCGGUAUCCACCAGCACCUCUCCAUCAUCCCAUGCCUCUAAGUCGUUACCUCCGCCCUCCAUGCAUCCCGCUUCCGAUCUUACAACCAUACUACCGACCCACUCUCUUCCUAUCUCACCACUGCCUCGAGCGCCGGAACCCGAACCGCUACAUACAUAUUGCUGCCCGAUCUGCUUCUCGCCGCCGACCAACGCAACGCUGACGCCCUGCGGGCAUAUAUUAUGUGGCGAAUGUCUGUUCACGGCUGUCAACGCUGCUGUUAUGAGAACUGGUGUAGGCGGGCUUGGCGCGAGGUGUCCAGUGUGCCGCGCCACCCUUCCUGGGUGGGAUGGGCGAGGUGGCGGCGUUAUUGGGUUGAGGGCUCGGGUGAUGAUUACCCUAUGAAACAUUCUUGUAUGUUUGGUGUCUAUACCGUUGAAUCACCCUUGUUGU